AUGGCCGACGACUCGUACGAUCCACUGGGCUUCGACUUUGAAGACCCCAUUUCAAUUUCUCCACCUCCGGCUAAGAACAAGAAGAAGCUCAUUGGUUUGGAUGACCUCUUAAAGGAUUACCAGAGGGAGCAGAAGAGGCUCAAUGAUAAUAAAUCCAAACAAAAGAAUAUCCGAAAAUCUUGUGAUUUAGACGAUGAGGUUGAUGAUGCGGCAGAAGCACGGUUGUCAGAAUGCGUCGAAAAGUGUCAAAAGGAGAUAAAUCAAAUAAAUGGUGAUGAAGAAAUGCCCUUCUGGGGCAUUCAGGUUUUCGGGGAACAGCAAAAGAUACCACAACAGGAGCAUCCAGAGUUGAAAAAUUCUGUUCUUCUGCAGUCUUUCUGGAAUCAAAAGAUCAAUUCACUAUUUGAAAUUAAUGUUGAGAAAGAGGAAGAGUUCCUUGAAGAAUUGUUGGUUGAUGGCUGGCUGUUUCACCUUGUAUCUGCAUCUGGCCAUGUUGAAGAAUCCAUCGCAAAAUGGACGUUUGACUCAAUUUUAUAUUCUUCAACGGCAAGGCUAAUGGAAGCUGCAUGUGAAUUUUGGUGUGCUAUUCUCUCAGUAAAUGACAAGGCCGAUUCUUCUAGUGUCAAAAUUGAUUGGUUACCUAGCUAUUCAGAUCUAAAAAUAGCACUUAAUGCUUAUGGGUUUCUCAUGGAUUCAUCUUCUAAGCUUUCAUCAGAAGUUGAUAUGGUAAAUGCUGAUUCCAUGACAGCAGGACCACCACAAAACAUUCGAUCAUGGAUAAAGUUUGUGACUUCUUGUUCCCAAAGAAGGGAUGCUAAUAUUAUUUUCUCAACUCAAGAAACAGAAGAUUUGGUAAUCACUAUCAUAUCACUCUUUUUAGAUCGUCAACUUCUGGGGCUGUCAAUAGUGUUGCAUGAAAGCUUGCUAUCGCUAAUAAAUUCCUUUCAAGAUGAUGAAUGGCCAGCCAGCUGUAAGAAAGUAGCGAAAUCUCUUGCUCACAGACUUCCUUGCAACAUUAAUUCCCUGAGAAUAGUGGAGAGUAUCGUCGGAACUGAUGGGCGAAGUAAGCAGCUUAGGAGUGUUGUGGCAUUCCAAUUUCUAGCAACAUGUUUGAAUAAGAAGGCAAAUGAUGCCGAGGAAAUCCUGAGAUCACUAACCUCGAUAAACGUAAAGGACAAGGACUGUGACCUCUUCCAAAUGUAUAUAUGUCUGAACCUGGCUGAGAACUGGCUUCUCUUUGAACCCACAUUAAAAGAUAAAGCAGAGAUAAGCAAGUUAUGGAAUAUCUGUCUCAGGAACUGUUCUUGUGGGAUUUCUAUCACCGAUUUGAGGUCUUAUGCUUCUAAUGUUCGCAGCAAGGCUUCUUAUCUUCUACAAGGCAGCACAAGCAAGUGA